UCUUCCAUAGUCCUACUAAGAUGGCCUAUUAAUCCCUAUUUAAAGCAUUCUAUGGCUCUCCAAAUCCCAAGUCCCCAAAUCCACAUUCUGCUAAACAAAAGCAUAGUCAGUCCUAUCACAGCAAUAGCCCAGUCCCUGGUAACAACUUCUAUCUUAGGGUUUUACUGCUGUGAACAGACACCACAACCGAGGCAACUCUCAUAAGGACAUUUAAUUGUGGCUGGAUUAUUCAUUCAGAGGUUCAGUACAUUAUCAUCAAGGUGGGAUCAUGGCAACAUCUAGGCCAGUGUGGUACAGGAAGAGCUGAGAGUUCUACAUCUUCAUCUGAAGGCUGCUAGGAUGAGGGUGUUUAAAGCCCACACCCUGUGACACACCUACUCCAGCAAGACCACACCCACACCCUGUGACACACCUACUCCAGCAAGACCACACGUCCUAAUAGUGCCGUUCUCUGGCCCAAGCAUAUGUAAACUGUGGAUGGCUCGCAGGAGCCAGUUCUCUCUACGAAGGGAAUUCUGGGGAUGAAACUCAGGUCAUCAGACUUGAAUGUAAAAAAUGUUGUUAGCGCAAAUAAAUCGGGAUUCUCAGGGAAUGACCGAAUUUCCUGGAGGAGGAAUGGAGGCUCAACAUGUGACCCUGUGCCUGACAGAGGCGGUAACCGUGGCAGAUGGUGACAAUUUAGAAAACAUGGAAGGUGUGAGUUUACAAGCUGUUACACUUGCAGAUGGCUCUACUGCUUACAUCCAGCAUAAUUCUAAAGACGGGCGACUCAUUGAUGGCCAGGUCAUUCAGUUGGAAGAUGGCUCUGCUGCCUAUGUUCAACAUGUCCCUAUACCUAAAAGUACAGGGGACAGUUUGCGGCUGGAGGAUGGGCAAGCAGUACAGCUGGAAGACGGGACCACUGCGUUCAUCCACCACACUUCGAAAGACAGCUAUGACCAGAGCUCACUUCAGGCCGUUCAGUUGGAAGAUGGCACAACAGCUUAUAUCCACCAUGCAGUGCAAGUCCCACAGUCUGAUACCAUCUUGGCAAUUCAGGCUGAUGGGACAGUGGCAGGGCUGCACACUGGAGAUGCCACAAUUGACCCAGAUACCAUUAGUGCUUUGGAGCAGUAUGCAGCAAAGGUGUCCAUUGAUGGCAGUGACGGGGUAACAAGUACGGGAAUGAUUGGAGAGAGUGAGCAAGAGAAAAAGAUGCAGAUUGUCUUACAAGGACAUGCUACGAGAGUAACUCCUAAAUCUCAGCAGAGUGGAGAAAAGGCUUUUCGGUGUAAAUAUGAUGGAUGUGGAAAACUCUAUACAACAGCUCAUCACCUUAAGGUUCAUGAACGUUCACACACAGGAGACCGGCCUUAUCAGUGUGAGCAUUCAGGCUGUGGGAAAGCAUUUGCAACAGGUUAUGGAUUAAAAAGUCAUUUCAGAACUCAUACUGGAGAAAAGCCAUAUCGGUGUUCAGAAGAUAAUUGUACAAAGUCUUUCAAAACUUCAGGAGAUCUACAGAAGCACAUCAGAACCCAUACAGGAGAAAGGCCCUUUAAGUGUCCUAUUGAAGGCUGCGGUCGAUCCUUUACAACGUCCAAUAUCAGAAAAGUGCACAUUAGGACACACACAGGAGAAAGACCUUAUUACUGCACAGAACCCGGAUGUGGGAGGGCAUUUGCCAGCGCAACUAAUUAUAAAAACCAUGUGAGGAUACACACAGGAGAAAAGCCAUAUGUCUGUACAGUUCCUGGGUGUGACAAACGGUUUACAGAAUAUUCCAGUUUGUAUAAACACCAUGUUGUUCACACUCAUUCUAAACCAUACAACUGUAACCACUGUGGGAAGACGUACAAACAGAUCUCCACACUGGCCAUGCACAAACGGACAGCCCACAAUGACACAGAGCCCAUUGAGGAGGAGCAGGAGGCCUUCUUCGAGCCUCCGCCAGGUGAGCUCUGUCAAGGUGAUGAUGUUCUUAAAGGGUCCCAGAUCACAUAUGUUACAGGUGUAGAAGGAGAGGACAUUGUAUCUACACAAGUAGCCACAGUAACCCAGUCUGGGCUGAGUCAACAAGUCACACUCAUAUCACAGGAUGGGACUCAACAUGUCAACAUCUCUCAAGCUGACAUGCAGGCCAUUGGCAACACCAUCACCAUGGUAACACAGGAUGGCACACCCAUCACAGUCCCCACUCAUGAUGCAGUCAUCUCCUCAGCAGGAACACACUCUGUUGCUAUGGUCACCGCUGAGGGCACAGAAGGACAGCAGGUUGCAAUUGUAGCUCAAGACCUGGCUGCAUUCCAUACAGCCUCUUCAGAAAUGGGACACCAACAGCAUAGCCAUCAUUUAGUAACUACAGAAACCAGACCUCUGACCUUAGUGGCAACAUCCAAUGGCACACAGAUUGCAGUUCAGCUUGGAGAGCAGCCAUCUCUGGAAGAAGCUAUCAGAAUAGCAUCUAGGAUCCAACAAGGAGAGACGCCAGGGUUGGAUGAUUAACACUCAGAAUUACAGAGCAAUAAAACAGGAGGAAGGAGCCUUUCAUCUCUGGCAGCAGAAUCCCUGAGGCACGGCACGGCCCGGUAUGGCCGGCAGAGCAGAAGUUCCAAUCCUGAAGCACUGGACACAUUUUUAUGCAAGAGUAGAGAACAUUUUCUUCUUGACACUUUUGUGUACAUAGCCCCUGGAAUAAAUUCCCACUGUGAUUCAUUGUGCACAGGAAGAAUGAAAUGAGGGCUCUGCAGCAGCUCUUCAUGUCACUUUUGAUCACAUGACAGACUUGUGAACACAGUCAAGAUGAGCUUUUAACUUACUGUGAAAAAACGGCUGUAUCUAAUGUGCUGAGGUUCUACAUGUGAAGCAAUCCCAACUCCAAAGCCAUCACAGAAAUAAAGGAUGCAAGCCUUCAGAUGUCCCUCCA